AUGGCGGGUGGCGACUAUUUCCCGGCACUUUGUGUCAUCGUAUUCUUUUGUGGGAAGGUGCUCUCUAAGGCGACAGACGCAGCGGAGUGUGGGCAGAAUGACUCGGUGAAUUUGCUGCAAGUCCCUCAGCAAGGGAGAGGUUUCCUAUUCUUGGACGCCUAUCCGAGCCAGUAUGUUGCCAGACGGCUUGCAGAUGGACAAUCGAUCACGAUUGAUGGCAACCUAAAUGAGUCUGUUUGGGAGGAGGUGCCAUUUACAACUGCUGCCUUCAAAGAUAUUGCGCAACCUCUCUUUCCGGACUACCUGUUGCCAUCUCAGUUCGCUACUCACGUCAAAGUGCGCUGGGAUGCGGAGUACUUGUACGUUGGAGCAUUCGUCGGCGAGCCCUGGGUUGAGCACGGCUUCGUGCGCGGAUCCAACCCGAGCCUGACAAGUACGAACCCCAUCGGAAACAGCAACGUUCC